UUGUUCCUUUGUUGGUUUUCCUGCUCUGCAGGGUAUUUUUGGCCCCCUCGCCCUGCCAGCGAGGCGGAACCCUUGGACUGCUGGGUGGGAGUGGCAGGUGGAGAGAAGCUGCCGCCCAGCACCCUGCAGGAUGACCUGCCCUGCCUCGGGUCCAGCCAACUCCCUGACCCCACCUUGCUGGGCAGUGACUCCCCAGGGAGCCGGAGCAACCUGAUGUCUUUAAAGAGGAUGAUGGAGAAACUCGGGGUCCCCAAGACCCACCUGGAGAUGAAAAAGAUGAUCUCAGAGGUGACAGGUGGGGUCAGCGACACCAUCUCCUACCGAGACUUUGUGAACAUGAUGCUGGGGAAGCGGUCGGCUGUCCUCAAGCUAGUCAUGAUGUUUGAAGGAAAAGCCAACGAGAGCAGCCCCAAGCCAGUUGGCCCCCCUCCAGAGAGAGACAUUGCCAGCCUGCCCUGAGGACCCCCGUCUGGACCUGCCCCCGUUCCUCCCCCGUGAUCUUGCUGCCCUUCUUGAUUCAUUGUGAUUUGUCUUAUUUGUUUUGUCUGGUCAUUACGCGUUUGUUUCAUUUUCAA